AUGGCCAUGGCGCAUCCUUCGGAGCACUAUGCAAGUUCUCGGAGCAGUGGGGCAGUGAGAGUGAGCUUGAUUUUGACGACUGUGUUCUUGGCUGUGUAUAUUUUAAUGUGUAAUCGAGGGAAUUCUAGUUCUCAAGUUUCUUCUUAUCCCUCCUGUCCAUGUGACUGCGAUUGCGCCGACGAUUCUGCGGUUUUUGACUUGCCAGCAGACUCUAUCAACAGCUCAUAUGCAGAUUGCAGUUCGAGCGAUCCGGAGAUCAAAGAAGAGAUGGAGAAGGAUAGAUUAGCCUUGCUAUCUGAAGAAAUUGUAUUGCAGAAGCUAGUAGCUAAUGAGUCACUGCAGCGAAGCAAAUCUCUACUCACAGAGAGUGGAAUUGUUUACACUCAUUACAAGAGGGAAGCAGAGAAAUGCAUUGCACAAGUGGAGACAUGUGAAGAUGCUAGAGAGCGAGCCGAGGCUGAACUAAGGGAAGAACUGAAGGUCACAGCUUUGUGGGAGCAACGAGCUCGAGAAUUCGGAUGGAGCGACAGUGGCAAGAAAAGAGUGCAGUGA